UCCAACCCCCGCCGGCCCCCGCGGCCUAGUCUGUUGCCGCUUCCUGUUUGGACUGGGAGUCCCGCGGUCGCAAAUUGUGAGAAUUUGGGAAGGGAACCUUCAUCUUCUCGUCUAGUUCUCCGAGGUUGAAGGCUCCGCCUGCUCAGAGAAGGAAACUGAGGUCCACCGAGUUGGAGAAACCCACUCAACACCAGGACUAACUUCUUCAGUGCUUAGAGUGUGAGAAAAAUGGCAAAUAUGAAUAGUGAUUCUAGGCAUCUUGGCACCUCUAAGGUAGAUCAUGAAAGAGAUCCUGGACCUAUGAAUAUCCAGUUUGAGCCGUCAGAUCUAAGAUCCAAAAGGCCUUUCUAUAUAGAGCCCACAAACAUCGUGAAUGUGAAUCAUGUCAUUCAGAGGGUUAGUGACCAUGCCUCCGCCAUGAACAAGAGAAUUCAUUACUACAGCCGGCUCACCACUCCUGCAGACAAGGCACUGAUUGCCCCAGACCAUGUAGUUCCAGGUCCAGAAGAGUGCUAUGUGUAUAGCCCAUUGGGCUCUGCUUAUAAACUUCAAAGUUACACUGAAGGAUACGGUAAAAACACCAGUUUAGUAACCAUUUUUAUGAUUUGGAAUACCAUGAUGGGAACAUCUAUACUAAGCAUUCCUUGGGGCAUAAAACAGGCUGGAUUUACUACUGGAAUGUGUGUCAUCAUACUGAUGGGCCUUUUAACACUUUAUUGCUGCUACCGAGUAGUGAAAUCACGGACUAUGAUAUCUUCGUUGGAUACUACUACCUGGGAAUAUCCAGAUGUCUGCAGACAUUAUUUCGGCUCCUUUGGGCAGUGGUCGAGUCUCCUUUUCUCCUUGGUGUCUCUCAUUGGAGCAAUGAUAGUUUAUUGGGUGCUUAUGUCAAAUUUUCUUUUUAAUACUGGAAAGUUUAUUUUUAAUUUUAUUCAUCACAUUAAUGACACAGACACUAUACUGAGUACCAAUAAUAGCAACCCUGUGAUUUGUCCAAGUGCCGGGAGUGGAGGCCAUCCUGACAACAGCUCUAUGAUUUUCUAUGCCAAUGACACAGGAGCCCAACAGUUUGAAAAGUGGUGGGAUAAGUCCAGGACAGUGCCCUUUUAUCUUGUAGGGUUCCUCCUUCCACUGCUCAAUUUCAAAUCUCCUUCAUUUUUUUCAAAAUUUAAUAUCCUAGGCACAGUAUCUGUCCUUUAUUUGAUUUUCCUUGUCACCUUUAAGGCUGUUCGCUUGGGAUUUCAUUUGGAAUUUCAUUGGUUUAUACCAACAGAAUUUUUUGUACCAGAGAUAAGAUUUCAGUUUCCACAGCUGACUGGAGUGCUUACCCUUGCUUUUUUUAUUCAUAAUUGUAUCAUCACACUCUUGAAGAACAACAAGAAACAAGAAAACAAUGUGAGGGACCUGUGCAUUGCUUAUAUGCUAGUGACGUUAACUUAUCUCUAUAUUGGAGUCCUGGUUUUUGCUUCAUUUCCUUCACCACCAUUAUCCAAAGAUUGUAUUGAGCAGAAUUUUUUAGACAACUUCCCCAGCAGUGACACCCUGUCCUUCAUUGCAAGGAUAUUCCUGCUGUUCCAGAUGAUGACUGUAUACCCACUCUUAGGCUACCUGGCUCGUGUCCAGCUUUUGGGCCAUAUCUUCGGUGACAUUUAUCCUAGCAUUUUCCACGUGCUGAUUCUUAAUCUAAUUAUUGUGGGAGCUGGAGUGAUCAUGGCCUGUUUCUACCCAAACAUAGGAGGGAUCAUAAGAUAUUCAGGAGCAGCGUGUGGCCUGGCCUUUGUAUUCAUAUACCCAUCUCUCAUCUAUAUAAUAUCCCUCCACCAAGAAGAGCGUCUGACAUGGCCUAAAUUAGUCUUUCACGUUUUCAUCAUCAUUUUAGGUGUGGCUAACCUGAUUGUUCAGUUUUUUAUGUGAAAUACCUCAACUGUUUUUUCAAGAGCUCUCAUAUUUUGAGCCUUGACAACAGUUCUAUAUAAAUUCACUUGUAAAUGCUGCUGUUGUGUAAUUCUAAAUAUUUUCUAAGAUAAUUUGAAAGAAAGGAAAAUAGUGGCCCCUUAAUAAGUAUGUUUUUAUUGGGGUGGGGAAAGGGGCAAAAAGAAUGAUCUUAGUGUCUUUACCUUUCUCAUAUUAACUCACCUCUUUAUUCUGUGGUCUUUUCUAAAUAGAAAUGUAUGCCCUAGGAAGAAAUCAUGCUGGGUUUUGCUUUUAGAGAUAAAAGGUGGUGGAUUUAUUUUGCCUGCAGUAAAAAUUCUCAGGGUGUCAGAGCAGCAUAUUGCCAAAUCCUGCUUCUGUUUUAUGUUUCAGUGUAUUCACUUUCAUUUUCUUACUAACUAGACCAUUUCUGCAGUUUGCCCAAACCUCUACUGUUUGGGACAGUAAACGAAAUACCUCAUUUUUAAAAAGAAGUUUUCAUGGCAUCAGUGUUAAUAAAGUACAUUUUUAGCUGAGUCUUAAUCUCUAUUUGAAGAAAAAGUAGAGACAAAAGUAAUGUCAAUGUAAUCCCCAGGAUCAUGAAAUGUAUACAAAAUAAACAAAGUAGUAGAGUU